GCCAAAUUUGCGUAAAAAUGCAUAGAAGGUUCAAAUUUGCACAAUAAACAUAACUUUAUUAGUGAUGCCCCGUAUCUUCAGUACGUACAGUACAUCUAUCUGUAGCGCUAUCCCUGGCGUUACAAUUAGUACAAUCAGCAUCAGCAACCCGAUAUCACAAGGAAACCCGUUCAAUACAGACAUUCAUCCGAAUGCAGAAGAAAAAAAACGCCAGACACUGUUUCAAUUUUUGAUCGACACCUCGGCCUUCCUACUUGAUCAUAUUGAUCUUGCACUAUCUUCUGCCUAUGGUUUGAUUUGACGCGCGACGACGAACCUCACAUUUCACCCUACUAAGUAGCGAGGUCUUCUAUCUCGUAUCGAUUUCGAGGAUCCGACCAGAUCGCAACCAUGCCUAGGUCACCACAGACCCCGAGGCACUCACGUCAGCCGUCUAGCAUCGAUGCCUCCUACCAAAAUUCCAGCCCUACCAUGUCGCCCAGCAGUCGACGCCAGUCUAAAUCCUCCUUCCAAGAGCCCUUGACGCCCUUACGCAAUAGUAUGAACGAGUCCGAACUUAACGAGCUCGGUGCCGGUGGUAUGGGUCAAGACAACGGGCUUGGAAACCUAGCGGAUGAGUUAGCAGAUGCUUUGUCUGGGUCUGGCGAGGACGAGGAUUACUACGAAGAUGGAGAAGGGCCGUCACGUCUCAAAUCCGAUCAGAUAGGCGACGAUGGCCGACAAGCAACCGAGGGAAUCAGAGAUAGCGGAGUCGAUGUGCAAAGUCAGUCGGACCAGCACGGACGGACCAAGAGCACAAAUUUGGGUAUACCCUCUCCCCCGGCACGCGGUCACCGGCGGACAGGAAGCGCCUACGAUGGAAGUGAAUACGGUUCCGAAUCCGAUCUAGACUCGCCCGGCAUGCCACCAAGCCUAGUUGCCAAGAUUGAUGCCGUCGAAUCACUGGCCAGAAGAGGUACUGAAAGCAACGGUGGACCGACCGAUGGUGUAUUUCAACGGUUAACAGAGGGGCUCAGAGAUCUCGGGUCGCAGUCCGGCGUGGAAGGGAGUACCACAAGGUUAAUUACUGCACACUCGGCCCUGGCCACACACCUAGCGCACCAGACACGACAAAUCCAUAACCUUACGUUCCCCCUAUUGUCACCAUUGGUGAUACCUCCCGACCCCGAUACUAUUGAUUCUCUACUGCCGUUACUUACCUCGGUCUCGGACGAAAUGCCACGGCCUGCGACCUCGGCUUUCAACUCGUUGACAGCUUUGCAUUCCGUGACAUCAGAUUUAGUACAAACCCUGAAUUACCUAUCCGACACACUGCACAUGUCACGACAGACAACAACCACUGCCACUCGGCGGUUAAGAACGGCUAAGGAGAUGGUUGCAGAGAUGAAGCGAGAGGAAGAACUAAAGGAGGAAGGAGAGAGAUGGCUGACCAGAGGUAACUGGAGUGAGAGGCUACAAAAUCGCGAAUGUGCUGGUGUCUGUAGAGAGGUUGUGGGAGGCUUCGAGGAAGUUUGCAAUGGAUGGAGAGCGCGCCUAUUAGCUCAGGCGGAAUCGGCGUAGGAAUGACUAUAGGAGCAUGCGGUAUAUGGGUACAUUAUUGGCCCAGAAGUUGGAACCGACGUUGUAAUAGGAUGGCUGACGGCCUUUUUUUCAGCUCAGAUUUUCUUUGUUAUUUUGGCAUUGCGGCGGACACUUAGUACUUCAAGUAUUGAUUGCACUCAAGACGCGGUGGCGUUAUCUUGGUUUUAACGGGGCUAGUUUAGCCACUGGAAUAGACGUAAAGACUUGCGAAGUUCUGCCUAAAGAAUAGACAUGAAGGAUAGGUUCACCAUCACUCGACUCCAGGGGAUGUAUUCAACACCAUGGAGAUUUGAGGUUAUGCCUUUACAAGUACAGCCCCACGAACAAGUCCUUUGCUUGCUAGGGAGUUAAGAUUUCUAUAUGUGAUCUAGAGACCUAUAUACUUAGGUAUCUAGCGAUGCCAUCGUCAAAAAGAGCACUGUGAGA